GAUAGCUAGCAUGAUUCGCCGAAACACAGUACGAGUGGCCAGGACCGCCGUACGCUGCAGCACGAGAAGUGCCAGCAUUGCAGCCCAACCGGGGGCAUUUUCCUUUGAUCCUAAGGGGAUUAGUAAGACUCCCUCAACCCUUUCUUUUGAUCCAGUAGCAUUGAAAAACGAGAUCCAUGCAUUGAAACAAGAGCUAGGAUUAGGCUCACUGGAGCUUAGUAUUGGAGCAAAGGAUUCGAAGAAGGAAAAGACUCCUAGAGAUGAAAAGAAGGGCUCACCUGAGAAACCAACGAAGCCAGAGGAGACCCCAGAACAACCAAAAGAACCGGAACAACCAGAAAAGUCCGAGAUUGUCAUUGAGGAAAUCGAGAUUCCUUCAAAUGUUGGUGGAGCAGCUUCUUCAUUCACCCCUCCUACACCACCAGGAGGAAAUUCUCUGGCACCAGGAGACAAGGGAUCACCCCCUGGAGAUUCACCCCCCGCCACCCCACCUUCAAGAACUUUCCCACCGCUUUUGGCCAUUCCUAUGAGUGAUCGUCCACCUAUUCCUGGCCGUGUAUUUUCGAUUUAUAUCACUGAUCCGGAAGUUAUUCGAGCGGUAGAUGCCAUUAUUGAAAAUAAGCACCCACACUUUCUCCUUUUCCAUUCCAAGAGUUCAACUGAUAGCGACGUGAUAGAAUCAAAGGAAUCCGUGCAUGAGAUCGGGACACAUUGUGAUCUUUGUAAGGUUACCCACUUCUCCGAUAAGACCAUGCUUCUUGCCUACCCAACUACAAGAGUCAAGAUGGAAGAUCUUACUACUCCCAAUGAAAAGCAAUCAGGUGCUACCAAGGAAGGUGAGAAAGCAGUGGAAGAAGAACCUUCGCCUACAGCUUAUUUGAGUAACUUCAAAGUUUCAUAUGCUACAUCUGAAUGGGUGGAACAUGAACCUUAUGACAAGAGAAAUCCUAUGAUUAUGGAAUUAACCGAGGAAUUGAGAAAACUGGUAAUGCAUCUUACUGCUAGACAUCCAAGUGGUAGAGAACAAGUAAUUAAAGCUGAAUCUUAUGAACCUCAUGAACUUGCUGAUUUUGUUGCUUCUUUGGCCACUGCCACCCCAGAACAAAUGCAAGAGUAUUUGGAAACUUUGAACAUUCAAGAAAGAUUGGAAAAAGUGUUAGCCAUGGCUGAAUUGGAGAAACAAGUGUUAAACUUUAAACUUACAACAAUUGAAAAUAUGAGAAAGAAUGCACUGGAUAGCCAAAGUAAGGCAGUACUUAAGGAAUUUGUCAACCAAUUUAACAAGUUGGCGGGACUUUCUGAAAAGGGUACACCUACCGAUAAAGCUGCCAAAUACACAGAAAAGAUCAAGGGAUUGAAAUUGACUGCUGAAGCUCAAGAAGCAUUCGAUUAUGAAUUAGGAAAACUUCAACUGCAACAUGAAAGUUCUGGUGAACUGUAUGUCAUUGAAAAAUACUUGGACUGGCUUGUUUCUGUUCCAUGGGGUAAAUACUCUAAGGAUCAUUUCAAUAUCAAGAAGGCUAGAGCUACUUUAGAAAGAGACCAUUAUGGUCUUGAUGAAGUUAAACAGAGAAUUCUAGAAUUUAUCUCCAUGGGAAGAAUCAGUGGUAAUGUUGAUGGUAAGAUUUUAUGUUUGGCCGGACCACCAGGUACCGGUAAGACAUCUAUCGCCAAGUCUAUCGCCGAAGCAUUAAAUAGACAAUACGUUCGUAUUGCCAUGGGUGGUGUUAAUGACAUGCACGAAUUGAAGGGACACCGUAGAACCUAUGUUGGUGCUGUCCCUGGUAGAAUCAUCUUAGCCUUAAAACAAGCUAAGACUUCUAACCCAUUGAUGUUGAUUGAUGAAAUUGACAAGUUGGAUACUUCUGGCCGUGGAGGUGGUGGAGCAUCAUCUGCAUUCUUGGAAAUCUUAGAUCCAGAACAAAACCAUUCCUUCACUGACAAUUAUUUGGAUGUUAAGGUUGAUUUAUCCAAGGUUUUAUUCGUCUGUACUGCUAAUUAUUUGGGUAACAUCUCACCACCACUUAGAGAUCGUAUGGAAAUUAUUGAUGUUUCAGGUUACACUACCAAGGAAAAGGUCGAGAUUGCUCAAAGACACCUUAUCCCACAAGCAGCUAAGAAAGCUGGUUUGGAAAAUGGAAAUGUUGUGAUCCCUACUGAAACAAUCACUAGAUUGAUCGAGAGAUAUUGUAGAGAGAGUGGGUUAAGAAAUGCCAAGAAGCAAAUUACUAGAAUCUUCAGCAAGGCUGCAUUCAAGAUUGUGGAACAAAUCGAAGAAAAGGAAGAUGCUGCGAAGGAAAAGGAAGAGAAGACUGAUGAGUCUCAAGCUAAAACUGAAGAAGUUAAAGCUGAAGAACCUAAGGACUCUACCGUAGUCAGUGCAAUCGAAGUUGAAUCUAAGGAUUUAGUCGACGAAUCAGCUACACAACCUGCCAAGGUCACUGAAGUUAAGACGGCCAACCCUUCCAAAUCCAAGAAGAAAGCUUCCAAGAAAACAAAGGAAGCUACUGAACAAACCCAAGAAACAGAGAAGGAAAAUGAAUUAGUGGACGAAGAAGAAACUGUUAAAUUAGUAAUCCCUGAAGAUAUCAAGUUGGAAAUCACUCCAGAAAACUUGAAAGACUAUAUUGGACCUGAAGUUUUUCCAAGAGAUAGAGUAUAUGAUGAACUUCCAGCGGGUGUUGCCACUGGUCUUUCAUACUCUGGAUCCGGAAAUGGAGAUGCUCUUUAUAUUGAGUCGAUCUUAACCAACUCAAUCAGCUCGGGUACUGGAAAUGCUGGUGUCAGAGUAACAGGUAGCUUGAAGGAUGUCAUGAAGGAAUCUGCAUCUAUUUCUUAUUCAUUUGCUAAACUGUUCUUGACCAAGAGAUUCCCCAAGAAUAGAUUCUUUGAAGCUGCCGAUAUCCACGUACAUUGUCCAGAUGGUGCAGUUCCAAAGGAUGGUCCAUCUGCUGGUAUUUCCUUCACAUCUGCCUUGGUUUCGUUGGCAAUUAAUAAACCUUUACCUGCCACCAUUGCUAUGACGGGUGAACUUACUGUCACUGGUCGUGUGUUAGCCGUUGGAGGAUUAAGAGAAAAGAUUUUGGGAGCUAAGAGAUAUGGUUGUACUACCAUUAUCUUUCCAAAGGAUAUCGAGAAUGUUUUAGAUGAUAUUCCGGAAGAAGUCAAAGAAGGUGUUGAGUUCAUUCCUGUUGAAUGGUACCACGAAGUGUUUGACAAGAUUUUCCCUGGAUAUACUGAAGCUGAAGGUAACCAAGUUUGGGAUGGUGAGUUUGCUGGUUUGGACAAGAAGAAGAAAGAUAGUAAGAGUAGUAAGUAGUAUAUAAUGCCUGUUAAUAGAAAUUUAGAGAAU